AUGAAAUCGAUUGGGUACUUUCGAGGAUACAAGGUGGGAUUGGCGAUGGUGGAGAUCGGGGUCGUUUCUGGUGGUUAUGAUGUUAAGGGAUCUUCUGAUCUGGCCAAUGAGGAGUGUGACAACUUGGCUCUGGGAUCUAUGGUUGUAACUGGAGACUCCCACCACACAAAUAUGGAGAUUUCCUUCCUUUCUAUGGUCAUGUGUACAAAGAGAAGAGGGGGACAAAAGGGAAACGACGGAUUAUUUCGACACUCUACAAGAAUCGGAAAAGGGCUAUUCUCGGAACCUUAUUGGGAGGUGCAUGAACCCGGGGAUUCAGGACUUGAAUGCGUUGCUGUUUAUGCUUCCAAGAAUCUGGAAGGUGGAGGACAGAGUGGCUGGGCAGAUUUGGGGAUGCACAAGGAGGACAAGCAUGAUGAAAGAGCGUCGAGCUAUAGAGGAGUUUUACAGAGCAAAGGGGAUCUUAGUACGGCUAACUCCAAUCUGAAACGGGCUUCGGAGGUACCUCUGAAAGGCAAAGUCAUAAUGUCAGAGUCACUGAAAAGAAGAAUGGCUAAUUCAAAUGACAACCGGUUGGGAGGGGAUAAGCCAGGAGGCUUCAUGAUGGCAACUAAGCCUUCCACAACAGGAGAAAUGAAACAUCGUCUUCGUGGUCCCUCACGAGGUAGUAUUCAGGUUAACAAAGGAGCUAUUUUGCAACAACAAGAAACUGGAGAAGAGGCUCUUAUCGGGAGUUCAAAAUAUAUCGGCUCCGGGCAAUCAAAUAGUCUUACUCACCAUUCCGCGAAGAAGGCGUUAGGGGAAUGA